AUGGGGUUCCAGACUGCCAGUUUGGUGGUGCUGUGGCUGGCACUAGCUCUCUCAAGUGCCUUUACUAUAAAAUCAGGACGAAUACGCAAUCAUGGCCACUAUGUCUGUAGUACAUGGGGAAACCAUCACUUCAAGACAUUUGAUGGGGACUAUUACCAGUUUCCAGGAAAAUGUAGCUACAACUUAGCUUCAGACUGUCGGGACUCUUAUCAAGAAUUCUCAGUCCAUGUCCACCGGACAACUGACGAUAAUCACCCACUCGUAGAUAAAAUCACCAUCACUAUCAAAGAUGUCAUCAUUCAACUGAAAAGCAGUCAUGCGUUGGUGAAUGGAGCCAUUGCUAAGACACCAUACUACAGCUUUGGAAUCCUGCUUCAGAAAACUGAUACAUACUUUAAGAUGUAUACGAAGAUGGGUUUAACCCUUAUGUGGAACAAAGAAGAUGCAAUCAUGGUGGAGCUGGACCCAAAGUUUAACAACCAUACCUGCGGACUGUGUGGCGACUAUAAUGGCAUACCUUCUUAUAAUGAAUUCAUCGAUCGGGACAUAUAUUUUGGUCCUGUGCAGUUUGGAAAUAUGCAGAAAAUUAAUGACCCUAGCGUUGCCUGUACCGACGUAGAUGAGACUCAGCAAAAGGACACAUCCGAUUGUUCCCAAUAUCGCUCGGUGUGUGAAGAACACCUGUCACAUGCUGCAUUUUCUGGCUGCCCCGAUCUCCUUAAUGUGGAAGCUUAUAUUAAUGCCUGUGUGCUGGACAUGUGCUCCUGUGGGCAAUCCCAGGACUCCUUCUGCCUGUGUAGCACUAUCAGUGAAUAUUCUAGGCAGUGUUCCCAUGCUGGAGGUCGCCCAGGAAACUGGAGGACUGACCACUUCUGCCCAAAGCAAUGUCCUGCCAAUAUGAUUUAUCAAGAGAGUGCCUCCCCUUGCAAGAACUCCUGCUCCCACCUAGAGAUACACAGCCUGUGCGAGGAGCACUAUAUGGAUGGCUGCUUCUGUCCUGAAGGCACUGUACUGGAUGACCACACUGAUAAAGGCUGUGUUGCAGUGAGUGAAUGUCACUGUAAACACAGAGGGACUCUGUAUGCUCCAGGAGAAAUUAUUCUAAAUCAAGAACACUGCCGCUGCAUUUCAGGAAGAUGGAACUGCACAGACCGUGCUUGUCCUGGAUCUUGUUCCAUUGAAGGAGGAGCCCAUAUCAACACCUUCGAUGGGAAGUCUUAUACCUUCCAUGGUGAUUGCUACUAUGUGCUGUCUAAGGGUUAUGGAAAUGAAACACAUGUUAUCCUAGGGGAGAUGACUCCUUGCAGUUCAUUGGCAAGAGAAACCUGUCUCAAGUCCAUUACACUCCUCACAGAUAACCUGAAAAAUGUGGUGAGCUUCAAGGCUGAUGGCACAGUUCUACUGAAUGAACUAAAAGUAACACUGCCGCAUGUCACAGCUAGCUUCUCCAUCAUGCAGCCCUCUAGUCCUUACAUUGUUGUUCAAGCUACCUUUGGCCUUCAGAUGCAGAUUCAGCUGCAGCCAAUGAUGCAACUAUACAUCACUAGGGAGAAAUCUGCCAGGGGACGACUUCAAGGUCUUUGUGGAAACUUUAAUUAUAAGGAGGCAGAUGAUUUUAAAACAUCGGGUGGUCUAGUUGAAGCAACAGCAUCAGCCUUUGCCAACACUUGGAAGGCCCAACCCAACUGCCAUGAUGUGUCAGACCUGCUGGAUGAUCCCUGCAGCCUCAGCAUUGAGAACAAAAACUAUGCAGACUAUUGGUGCUCUUUGCUGGAAAAAGAUGAGACUCCUUUUGCUAAAUGCCAUUCAGCUGUAGACCCGACUUGGUAUGCAAAGAGGUGUCGUUAUGACUCUUGUAACUGUAAAGACAGCGAGAAGUGUAUGUGCGCUGCACUCUCCUCCUAUGUCAGGGCCUGCGCUGCCAAAGGGAUCAUCUUGUGGGGAUGGAGGAAUGGCAUUUGUGACAAGGACAUCUCCUCUUGUCCAUCUUCUCAAAUCUAUCUAUAUAACCUGACCACAUGCCAGCCAACCUGUCGUUCCCUGGCAGAGGGUGAGAAAGCUUGUGCCAGUGGGUUCACUCCAGUUGAUGGCUGUGGCUGUUCAGAUGGAGAGUUUCUAAAUGAGAAGGACCAGUGUGUAUCUAUAUCUCAGUGCUCAUGCUACUACCAUGGCUCAUACUUGAACCCAUUGGAUGUAAUCUACAAACAAGAUGAGCGUUGUACUUGCCAUAAUGGAAAACUAAUUUGCAUUACACAUGCCCCCGAAGCUUGCCCUAAAGGAAAAGUCUAUUAUGACUGUAAUGAACAUAAAAGUGUUUCCGGAACCCCCAUCCAUAGGAGCUGCAAGACUCUUGGUGUCCAAUAUUUUCAGACAGAGUGUAUCUCAGGAUGUGUUUGCCCCAAUGGACUUCUAGAUGAUGGGGCUGGUGGUUGUGUUCCUGAGGAAAGGUGCUCAUGUAUUCACAAUGAGGAUGUUUACCCACAUGGGACUCGAGUCAAGGUGAACUGUAACACAUGUGUUUGUCUGCGUGGACGAUGGACCUGUACCGAUGCAGUGUGUUAUGCUACAUGUUCAAUCUAUGGAAGUGGUCAUUACAUCACAUUUGAUGAGAAAUUUUAUGACUUUGAUGGGAAUUGUGAAUUUGUAGCUGCACAGGAUUACUGUGGUCCUAACCAAUCUGUUGGCAGCUUCAGCAUUAUUACAGAGAACAUCCCAUGUGGCACUACAGGAGUUACAUGUUCCAAAUCUAUCAAGAUGUUUCUUGGGGAUAAAGUACUAAAAUUGGCAGACAAACACUUAGUGGAAACUGAAGGCCAUGGUGUACAAAGUGUGAGUUACCUGACCCGUGAAGUUGGUAUUUACCUGGUCAUUGAGGCAAGCAAUGGUAUUCUUUUGAUCUGGGACAGAAAGACCACCAUAUUCAUCAAGGUGUCACCUGCAUACAAGGGCAAAUUGUGUGGUUUGUGCGGAAAUUUUGAUGAUAAUUCACAAAAUGAUUUUACAACCAGCCACAUGUUACAAGUUAAUGAUGUGCUAGAGUUUGGAAAUAGCUGGAAAUUGGACCCUACUUGUCCUGAUGCCACAGAGGUGAUCAACCCUUGCAGUCAGAAACCACAUCGCCAUGCCUGGGCUGAGAAGCAGUGUGGAAUAAUCAAAAGUGAUGUCUUUAAAGUCUGUCACAGCAAGGUGGAUCCAAUACCAUUCUAUGAGGCUUGCGUGAGAGAUGCAUGCUCCUGUGAUAGUGGUGGAGACUGUGAGUGCUUCUGCACUGCAGUAGCUGCCUAUGCUCAGGAGUGCACCAAAUCCGAUGCCUGUGUCUACUGGAGAACACCAGAUAUAUGCCCCAUAUUUUGUGACUACUAUAAUCCUAAAGAUAAAUGUGAGUGGCAUUAUCACCCAUGUGGCAAUGACAACAUAACGACAUGUCGCUCCAUCAACAAUGUCUAUACUAACGUCACCAUCACUUUUCUGGAAGGCUGCUACCCAACUUGCCCUAAAGACAAACCUAUUUUUGAUGAGUCAAAGAGGAUUUGCGUGCCCCCAGAGCUAUGUGGUUGUUACAUUAAUAACACCCACUAUGAAAAUGGGGAGGAAGUGCCCAGCACUGAGAGCUGUCACACUUGUAUGCAUUUUAACAAUAAUCAAUAUCUUUGUCAACAUGAAGAAGGUGAAAUCAUAUCCACAGUAGAUCCGUCAUCCGGAGUUUGUAUUGUAAUAAAAUGUGUGAAUGGCACAGAGCAUCAAGAGUUGGAAGUCUGUAGCACUUCAGCACCCUCCACUACAUCCAUUACUAUCACAAGCACAACAGUCACCACCACAUCUCCAAUGACAACAACAAGCAGUCCACCUUCAACAAUCACCACCACAUCUCCAAUGACAACAACAAGCAGUCCACCUUCAACAAGUUGUAUCUAUGAAAAAGUAUGCUGGUGGACCCAGUGGUAUGAUGUGAGCAAGCCAGGGGAAGGUUUGGACAGUGGUGAUUAUGAAACUUAUGAUGAGAUAAGAAAACAUCAUACAUUCUGCAGUGUGCCUGAGCAAAUUCAGUGCAGAGCAGUUAAUGCCCCAGAUGUCAGCUUGGAGGAUUUGAAACAGACUAUUCACUGCAAUGUGUCAUAUGGGCUCAUCUGUCUGAACAGUGACCAGAAGCCAAAUGAAAACCUCUGGCAGAGGUGCUUUAACUAUGAGGUCCGAAUGGACUGCUGUGACAUUGUAUGUGUCCAUUCCACAACUAUAACUACUACUGCAACCAGUACCACAAUGCCGACUACUACAACUCCUACUACAACUCCAACCACUGCCACUCCAACAACCACAACUCCAACAACCACCCCUCCUACUACAACAACACCCACUACCACUACUCCUACAACCACAACGCCUACUACCACCUCUCCUACCACCACAACUAUUACCUCUACUCCUACAACUAUAAUUCCUACUACAACGUCUGAAACAACAACUAUAUCUUCAGGAACUACCUGUAUUGAUACCUGCUCAUGGUCACAGUGGUUUGAUGUGUCAUACCCUAAAUAUGAACCAAAUGGAGGGGAUUAUGAGAUUUAUGAGAACAUCAGAAAAGAAAAUUUUGAAGUGUGUGAUAAGCCAGAGAACAUUUCCUGCAGAGCACAGAAAUUCCCAGAUAUACCACUGGAAGAGGUGGGCCAGAUAGUGACCUGUGAUGUCUCCACUGGCUUAGUGUGUCACAACAAAGACCAGACUGGAUUCAUGCCAGUGUGCUAUAAUUAUGAGAUCAGUGUCUACUGCUGCAAUUAUUGUAUAACAACACCUGAGACUACACUAUCAACCACCACUGUAACUACACCAACCACUACAAAGACCACAACAACAACAUCAGUGACUACAUCACCAAUACCAACCGAGACAACAACCACUACAACUGAGACUACAACUGUCACAGAGCCAACUACUACAGAGAGUACAACUACUACUACUACUACACCUGUGACCACACCAACACCAUCAUCAUCUACCUGUAUUGAUGUCUGCUCAUGGUCACAGUGGUUUGAUGUGUCAUACCCUAAAUAUGAACCAAAUGGAGGGGAUUAUGAGACUUAUGAGAACAUCAGAAAGGAACAUUUUGAAGUGUGCGAUAAGCCAGAGAACAUUUCCUGCAGAGCACAGAAAUUCCCAGAUAUACCACUGGAAGAGGUGGGCCAGAUAGUGACCUGUGAUGUCUCCACUGGCUUAGUGUGUCACAACAAAGACCAGACUGGAUUCAUGCCAGUGUGCUAUAAUUAUGAGAUCAGUGUCUACUGCUGCAAUUAUUGUAUAACACCACCUGAGACUACACCAUCAACCACCACUGUAACUACACCAACCACUACAAAGACCACAACAACAACAUCAGUGACUACAUCACCAAUACCAACUGAGUCAACAACACCAGAGACAACAACAACCACAACUGAGACUACAACACCUACAACAGUUACAGAACCUACAACUACUACAGAGAGUAGUACUAGUACAUCUUUUACCACAUCUCCACCUUCAUCUGAGACAACCACCACAACUGAGACUACACUACCUACAACUGUUACAGAACCUACUAGUACUACUACACAGAGUACAGCUACUACUACAGAGAGUACUACUACUACUACAUCUGUUACCACAUCUCCACCUUCAUCUGAGACAACCACCGCAACUGAGACUACACCACCAACAACUGUUACACUGCCUAUUACUACACAGAGUACAACUACUACUACUACUACAGAGAGUACUACUACACCUGUUACCACAUCUCCACCUUCAUCUGAGACAACCACCACACCUGAGACUACAACACCUACAACUGUUAGAGAGCCUACUACUACAGAGAGUACAACUACUACUACAACUACUACUACAGAAAGUACAACUACUACAUCUGUUACCACAUCUCCACCUUUCUCUGAGACAACCACCACAAUUGAGACUUCAACACCUACAACUGUUACAGAGCCUACUACUACAUAUGUUACAACAUCUCCACCUUCAUCUGAGACAACCACCACUACAACUGAGGCUACAACUGUUACAGAGCCAACUACUUCAGAGAGUACACCUACUACUACAGGGAGUACUACAACUACUGUACCAGUUACCACAACUUCACCUUCAUCAUCUACCUGUAUUGAUGUCUGCUCAUGGUCACAGUGGUUUGAUGUGUCAUACCCUAAAUAUGAACCAAAUGGGGGAGAUUAUGAGACUUAUGAGAACAUCAGAAAGGAAAAUUUUGAAGUGUGCGAUAAGCCAGAGAACAUUUCCUGCAGAGCACAGAAAUUCCCAGAUAUACCACUGGAAGAGGUGGGCCAGAUAGUGACCUGUGAUGUCUCCACUGGCUUGGUGUGUCACAACAAAGACCAGACUGGAUUCAUGCCAGUGUGCUAUAAUUAUGAGAUCAGUGUCUACUGCUGCAAUUAUUGUAUAACAACACCUGAGACUACACUAUCAACCACCACUGUAACUACACCAACCACUACAAAGACCACAACAACAACAUCAGUGACUACAUCACCAAUACCAACUGAGACAACCACCACUACAACUGAGACAACACCAGAGACAACAACCACCACAACUGAGGCAACACCAGAGACAACAACCACCACAACUGAGACUACAACUGUUACAGAGCCAACUACUACAGAGAGUACACCUACUACAGAGAGUACACCUACUACUACAACUACUACUACAGGGACUACUACUACUACAUUUGUUACCACAACUCCACCUUCAUCAUCUACCUGUAUUGAUUCCUGCUCAUGGUCACAGUGGUUUGAUGUGUCAUACCCUAAAUAUGAACCAAAUGGAGGGGAUUAUGAAACUUAUGAGAACAUCAGAAAAGAAAACUUUGAAGUGUGUGAUAAACCAGAGAACAUUUCCUGCAGAGCACAGAAAUUGCCAGAUAUACCACUGGAAGAGGUGGGCCAGAUAGUGACCUGUGAUGUCUCCACUGGCUUAGUGUGUCACAACAAAGACCAGACUGGAUUCAUGCCAGUGUGCUACAAUUAUGAGAUCAGUGUCUACUGCUGCAAUUAUUGUGUAUCAACACCUGAGCCUACAACAUCAACCACCACUUUAACUAAGACGACUACAUCAACCACUACAAAGACCACAACAACACCAGUGACUACAUCACCAAUACCAACAGAGACAACAACCACCACAACUGAGACAACACCAGAGACAACACCCACCACAACUGAGAGAACACCGGAGACAACAACCACCACAACUGAGACAACACCAGAGACAACAACCACCACAACUGAGAGUACAACACCAGAGACAACAACCACCACAACUGAGAGUGCAACACCUACAAUUGUUAUAGAUACUACAACUACUACAGAGAGUACAACUACUACUUCUACAUCUGUUACCACACCUCCACCUUCAUUAUCAUCAGGUACAACAACAUCUAUCCCUACAACACUCACCACCACGGGGACUAAGACAACUCCGUAUCUAAUUAAGACAACCACUACAACUAAGACUCCAACUGUUACAGAGAGUACACCUACUACUACAAGGACUACUACUACUACAUCUGUUACCACAUCUCCACCUUCAUCAACAACUACAAGCAAGGUAACUACUGUUACUACCACCCCUACUAUUCUAACCACCACAGCCUGCACCACAGAGGAAACUGAGGAAACAACCCCUGUCACCUCAGAAACUACUACAACUUCAGUAACUACUACUUCUACUAUACCUCCUUCAACAGGUGAAAUUGACAGUGGGGUAGCCAGUGAAACAUGGUGCUACAAAGUAAUCUGCAGCUCAGAAUGUAAAAUAGAUGUCGAGAGCUGGAGUUGCCCUACAUUAACCACCACAACCCCACCAACCUCUACUGCAGAAACUACUACAACAAUUAUCACAACUACAUCACAAUCGACAACAACCCCAGGAACCACUACAACAACACCCACUACAACUACACCUGAACCCCCAACACCAACAGGAACCAGUCCUACAACAGAAUACACAACAACCCCAGGAACCACUACCACCACAACCACAACACCCACUACAACUACACCUGAACCUCCAACACCAACAGGAACCAGUCCUACAAUAGAAUCCACCACCACAACUACAACACCCACCACAACUACACCUGAAUCUACAACAGAAUCCACAACAACCCCAGAAACCACUACCACCCCAACAACAACACCCAAUACAACUACACCUGAAUCUACAAAAGAAUCCACAACAACCACAGGACCCACUACCACCCCAACAACAACAACACCCACUACAACUACACCUGAACCUCCAACACCAACAGGAACCAGUCCUACAACAGAAUCCACCACCACAACUACACCUGAAUCUACAACAGAAUCCACAACAACCCCAGAAACCACUACCACCACAACAAUAACACCCACCACAACUACACCUGAAUCUACAACAGAAUCCACAACAACCACAGGAACUACUACCACCCCAACAACAACACCCACUACAACCACACCUGAACCUCCAACACCAACAGGAACCAGUCCUACAACAGAAUCCACCACCCCAACUACAACACUCACCACAACUACACCUGAAUCUACAACAGAAUCCACAGCAACCCCAGAAACCACUACCACCACAACAACAACACCCACUACAACUACACCUGAACCUCCAACACCAACAGGAACCAGUCCUACAACAGAAUUUACCACCACAACACCCACCACAACUACACCUGAAUCUACAACAGAAUCCACAACAACUCCAGAAACCACUACCACCCCAACUACAACACCCACCACAACUACCCCUGAAUCUAAAACAGAAUCCACAACAACCCCGGAAACCACUACCACCACAACAACAACAUCCACUACAACUACACCUGAACCUCCAACACCAACAGGAACCAGUCCUACAACAGAAUCCACCACCACAACUACACCUGAACCUACAACAGAAUCCACAACAACCACAGGAAUCACUACCACCCCAACAACAACACCCACUACAAUUACACCUGAACCUCCAACACCAACAGGAACCAGUCCUACAACAGAAUCCACCACCACAACUACACCUGAAUCUACAACAGAAUCCACAACAACCCCAGAAACCACUACCACCACAAUAAUAACAACAACGCCCACUACAACUACACCCGAACCUCCAACACCAACGGGAACCAGUCCUACAACAGAAUCCACCACCACAACUACACCUGAAUCUACAACAGAAUCCACAACAACCCCAGAAACCACUACCACCACAACAACAACACCCACCACAACUACACCUGAACCUACAACACCACCAGGGACCAGUCCUACAACAGAAUCCACAAUAACCCCAGAAACCACUUCCCCCACCACCACCACAACAACAAAAACAACACAUACUACACCAUCUACAGUCCCUAAAACUCCGCCACCACCUGGCUGCCCAUUUGAACCUUUUCGCGAGCAUAAUGAAACCUGGAUGCUGUGUAACUGCACCAUGGCUAGAUGUCUUGAAAACAACACAGUAGAGAUAGUUGAACUCAAGUGUAUCCCUCCACCUCCAAUAAAAUGUGCCAGCGGUUUCGCACCAGUACAAGUACUAGAUGAUGACCUAUGUUGCUGGCAUUGGGAGUGUGACUGUGUUUGCACUGGUUGGGGUGACCCCCACUAUGUCACAUUUGAUGGCACCUACUAUAGCUAUCAAGGCAGCUGCACUUAUACUCUGGUGGAAGAGAUUACAAAAAAGAUUGAUAAUUUUGGAAUAUAUAUUGAUAACUAUGACUGUGGAGCUCAGGACCGAGUAUCUUGUCCACGUGACAUCAUUGUCCGCCAUGAAACUCAGACAAUACGCAUUGCAGCAAAGACCAUGGUGCCUAUCAACUUACAGGUUGUUGUAAACGAAGAAGUUGUAGGAACCCCUUAUAAGAAGUAUGGGGUCAAUGUGUAUAGAUCUGGUAUCAAUUAUGUGGUAGAAAUCCCAGAAGUAGGCGUUAAUAUCACAUACAACGGCAUGUCCUUCUCCAUCAAACUCCCAUAUCGUCUUUUCCGACACAAUACCCAAGGACAGUGUGGUACUUGUACAAACAAUCGAACUGAUGACUGCCUGACAAGUAGCGGUGAAAUUGCAUCAAACUGUGAAAUUAUGGCGGAUACCUGGGUUGUAGCUGAUCCAAGAAAACCUACAUGUGGCAGGAUUAAGCCCACAGUUCCCCCCAAAGUCACUGGGCCUCCUUGCAAACCUUCUCCACUCUGCGAGCUCAUAUUGGGAGAGACAUUCCAGGAAUGCCACAAGACUCUGCCACCAGCAAAUUUCUACCAAGCUUGUGUUUAUGACAGUUGCCAUGUACAGAGCUCCAACAUAGAAUGCAGUAGUCUGCAGCAAUACGCUCAACUCUGUUCUGAACACGGAGUUUGUGUUCAAUGGAGAGAUAAAGUUUCAGAAUGUUCUCUUACUUGCCCUUCACACAAAGUCUACAAUGCAUGCGGCCCAGCCAUACCAAGGACAUGCCAAACUACUCCGGAAGAGAUUGAGCAAAUGAAGAAUGAUAAACGUAUGGUUGAAGGAUGCUUCUGUCCUCUGGGUACCAAGCCCUUCAAUCUUGCUGUGGAUGUUUGUGUAUCUACUUGUGGAUGUGUUGGGCCAGACAAUGUGCCACGAAAGUAUGGAGAGGAGUUCCUGUUUAACUGCCAGGAUUGCGUCUGCAGGGAAGGUGGCAGUGGCAUCACUUGCCAGCAACAUAAGUGUUCCAAGUUGAGGACUGUCAAGUGUGAGCUGGAAGGUUAUUAUCCUGUGACCCAGAACAAUCCCAAUGACAUCUGCUGUGAAGAGACAGUGUGCAAGUGUGACAGCAAUAAAUGCUCAAAUACAUCUCCUAACUGUGGACUUGGCUAUGAAGCUAUCGGUGGUAUUCCAGAAGGACACUGUUGCCCUGUGUAUAAGUGCUUCCGAAAGAAAGUCUGUGUACACGGAAAUGCAGAAUACAUGCCUGGAGCUUCAGUGCUCGCUGAUAAGUGCCAGACUUGCACAUGCACAGAAAAUUCCAAUGCAACUUCAGGAGUUGAGAUCAUAUGCAAGCAUGUGUUUUGCGGCAAAACAUGCCCACUGGGCUUUGAGUUGAAGGCGAGCAAAUAUGAUUGUUGCGGUGAAUGUCAACAAACUAGUUGUGUGGUCAAUGACAAUGAUAACUUCCACCUGUUGCAGAAUGGAGAAACACUGCGUUCAAAUGAUGACAACUGUACAAACUACAGGUGCAAUGUGAUCAGGAACAAUUUCAUCACAUCCACCUCAAUAACUACCUGUGGAAACUUCAAUGAAGAUGAAUGUAUACCUGACACCAUUCAAGUCUUACCUGAUGGCUGCUGUAAGAUAUGUAUUAAAAAGAGCAAAUCUUGCGAGUUGCAACAAUACUAUGACCAUCUAACUUACAAUAAUUGCCAAUCAGUAGAAAGAGUGAGGAUGUCACGUUGUGAAGGGUCCUGCAACACCUUUUCAAUAUACUCAGCAGCUGCCAGGACAAUGUCACAUAAGUGCACCUGUUGCCAGGAUGUGCGGACCACCAAGAGACGUGUGAUGCUGAACUGUAGUGAUGGAAGUAAAGUGGAACAUGAGUAUGUUGAUGUGGAAGAGUGUAGCUGUGUCAAUACCGACUGUGAAUCUUCCCACUCAUCGGAGGAACAUUCGCUUGCCAGAGCUCGCCGGUCCGUACGGAGAAGGAGGCAACAACUUACUUAA